AUGAGCAGUAAUAAGGCUCUAGCAGCUAUUCAAACAAUGAAAAUCAUCUAUGGAUCACAUGGUCGACAAAAUAUUUUGCCUUAUCAUUAUCUUGGUAUGAUUUAUCGUACACCAUGGCGAUUUUGGUAUUCGAAUUCUCAAGUAUUUCGAUGGUUUUCACGUCUUAUGACUGUAGCUGUUGCAGCAUCGAUCUAUUUACCAUUACGAGGUGUUGAUUUAACUUAUACACCAUAUAAUAUUGUUCAUCAUCAACUUGAUCAUAAAUUUGGUCAUUGGAUUGAAGAAAUGCGUUAUCCAGUCGAUCAAAAACGAGUAGAAGAAUAUAAAAAAACACAUGGACUUCAAUAG